GCACACAUACAGACAGGCAGAGCCCUACACCGGCAGCUCAGGCAACCUAAACAUCUGCUCCUUAUAGAAGCCCCUUGAACUGCCCCCUCCACUCCCCCUCAUCCUACUCUCCCUUUCCCUUUCUCUCUCUCUCUCUCUCACUUUUUUUGGAUGCAGGUUUAAAAGCAGCUCCUGGAGCACAAGUGCCCUUUCCUAUUCCCUACCCCAGGCAUGACGGUGUCUGUAGCUGGCUACAAGUGAGCUGCUCCUGCUUCCAUACAGCCUGAACUUUCCCUGGGACAAGAGGAGUUUCUUUUCUUGGCUUAACAGCCAGAGAGGAGGAGGAGGAGGAGGGGGCACAGAGUUUGAAAGAAGAAGAACCCGCAGAAGAAAGGAAGGCAUACAUAUACAUACAUACAUUCCAUCAGAGUGGGAGAACCAAGAGAGCCAUACUAUCUGGAGCAGCCCAGCACCUAUAUAGUGUAUACUGAAUACUUGCUAUAUACAUGGCUAAUAACAGGUGGGGAGUAUUACUGUGCUCGUGUCUCUGCUUGUGCACUGUCCUGGCUAAUAUAGAGAGAGUGAGGAAAAUCACUUAUGUAGUGCACCCAGGACCCCCAGGGAUCUACCAGCAGCCCCAGCACUCUGUGGCUAUGAGCAGGAGCAAUGUGGUGGUCAGCAGCAGCAGCCAGCAGCACAGCGGUGCCAACCAUGUGAGUACCCAGGAGCGGAGCCGCAGGAUGAGCAGAGUCAGCUCCAACCCUUCCCUUGUGCAGAGACAGCAACCGGCCCAGGCUGCCGGCAGCACGCAGAUCCGACACUUCUCCUCCUUCUCCCGCAGCAGCAGUCUCCAGCAGGAUACACAGAGGAGCCCCGGCAGCAGUACUAUGCAGCAGCUGCAGCAGCACAAGCUCCAGGGGGUUAAUGUCUGUGGAGGCAAGUGCUGUCAUGGCUGGAGCAAAUCAACUGGAUCCGAAAGAUGUACAAAACCAAAUUGUUCUCCUCCCUGUAAGAAUGGUGGAAUGUGCCUACGUCCACAUCUGUGUGUAUGCAAACCAGGAACUAAAGGAAAAGUUUGUGAAGACAGUUCAACCCAAGACACAUCUUCUACUGGCACCGGAAGUCAGGGUGCAGGGGCUCCUGCUCCUCCCUCCCGUCCAAUUCCUCAACAAGCAGCUCCACAAUCCUUGCCAAGGAAGGUACAGACAUCUCCAGAAUCCAAUCAAGGUGGACAGGUGACAUUGGGGCUCAAGCAUAAACCACACAUCAUCGUAUCUCAGCCUCAGAUGGUACCACCUCAGACUCUGACCAUGAACCUCCAGCACGGACAGACACAGCAGUUCAUGAUUAAACCAAAGUAUUUUUCUAACUCCAAAAAAGUGCUCCUGGGUGAGCAAUCCACAGAAGGGUCAAUUCCACUCAGGGCAAAUGGCCUGGAUCAGCUGACAUCACAAUUCAAUCAAUUGGGAAACCAGACAGGGCGCAUCAAGGUGAUCUUCACACCCAGCAUUUGCAAAGUGACCUGUACCAAGGGCCGCUGUCAUAACAACUGUGAGAAGGGAAAUACAACCACGCUUAUUAGUGAAAAUGGUCACGCUGCUGACACGCUGACUUCCAGUAACUUCAGAGUAGGUGCACAAUCCAAUUUCCCCUACUUCCGACCUGUACCCUGCUCUUCAGUGAUUUGUCACUUACCGUGCAUGAAUGGAGGACAAUGUGCUGCCCGAGACAAGUGCCAGUGUCCACCUAAUUUUACUGGCAAACUCUGCCAGAUACCAGUACAGAAUGGCAAUGUGCAGAAACAGUAUCCACACCAGCAGCAUUCACUGAAGGCAACAGGAUCUCAUGUCAUUCAUUCUACACACACCUUACCACUCACUGUCACAGGGCAACAAGGAAUUAAAGUUAAUUUCCCUCCAAAUAUGGUUAACAUUCAUGUGAAACACCCGCCUGAGGCUUCAGUACAGUUCCACCAAGUGUCCCGAGUAGAAAGUUCUUCAUCCACUCAGAAAAAGGAUAAUCCAAUAGGACAAGCUCAUGUUUCCUACCAUGGUGUCCAGAAGCAUCAAAUGCCCCACACAGGGUACCCAUACCAGCAGACUGUAUCACAUGUAUACCCAGUCUCAGCAAAAUCCCAACUUGGUCGUUGUUUCCAAGAAACCACAGGCACGCAGUGUGGAAAGCCACUUCCAGGCCUUUCAAAACAAGAAGAUUGCUGUGGAACAGUGGGAACUUCCUGGGGUUACAGCAAAUGCAUGAAAUGUCCAAAGAAAGCUACCCAUCCAUCAUAUGCUCAGUAUAUGGAAUGUCCUCAAGGCUACAAGCGUAUCAAUGCUACAUUCUGCCAAGAUAUUAAUGAAUGCUAUAUGCAGGGUGUGUGUCCAAAUGGGGAAUGCUUAAAUACAAUUGGCAGUUAUAGGUGCACCUGCAAACAAGGAUUUGUACCAGAUCAUACAUAUUCUUCUUGUGUGGUGGAUAAUCCCUUUGUGUCUGAGGAGAAAGGUCCAUGUUACCGUCUUGUCAGUACUGGAAAGCAGUGCAUGCACCCUCUGUCUGUCCAGCUUAGUAAACAGCUCUGCUGUUGUAGUGUGGGCAAAGCCUGGGGGCCUAACUGUGAAAAGUGUCCCAUACUUGGAACAGCUGCUUUCAAGGAAAUAUGUCCUGGUGGAAUGGGCUAUACAGUCCCAGUACUCCGGGGGCCACCCCCUCCUAGGACCUAUACUGUGCAGCCACCAAUCAGAACAACACUUCAGCCGCUCGUAGCAAAAGAAGAACCCAUUGAAGCCUUAUCAGUUUCACACAGAAAUGAUCCAGAUGCAGCCAGAACCUCAGAUCAGGAAGUUGUAGCACCCGAAGACAAACAUCAAGUGGAUCGGGGACAGCCUCAACUGUCGCCUGGAAUCUCAACAAUAAAUCUAGAUUCUCAAUAUCCAGUUGUUGUUGAAAAAUCAUCCCCACCUGUUCCUGUAGAAAUAGCCCCAGAUGUUUCAAAGUCAAGUGCAAGUCAAGUAAUUGCUCCAACUCAAGUUACAGAAGUCAAUGAAUGUAUAGUAGAUCCUGAUAUCUGUGGAGAAGGAUCCUGCAUCAACUUACCUGUUGGAUACCUGUGUAUCUGCUAUGAAGGCUACAAGCGGAAUGACAACCAGACAAAAUGUGUGGAUAUCAAUGAAUGUGCUCAGGAUCGCAGUCUCUGCUCCCGCGGCCGGUGUGAAAAUACAGACGGAAGUUUCCUAUGUAUUUGUCCAGCAGGCUAUAUGGCUAAUGAACAGGGGAAAGACUGUGUCGAUGUGGAUGAGUGUCUGGGACCAGAUGUGUGUCAGGGUGGGCUCUGCAUAAACACUGCCGGCUCCUUUCAUUGUAAAUACUGUGACAGUGGCUUCCGCAUGGACAGAACAGGUCAAUGUGAAGAUAUCGAUGAAUGCCUGAUUCAAUCCACUUGUCCGUAUGACAGAUGUGUUAAUAACCAUGGCUCUUAUGCAUGCAUACCUUGUCCCGAAGGAUAUAGAGGGUUUAAUGGUAAAUGCUAUGACAUCAAUGAGUGCCAAGAAGACACAUCACUUUGUGCCAACGGUAACUGCUUCAAUCUAGAGGGAUCUUACAAAUGCACGUGUCGGACAGGAUAUGAAUCAACCUCUGACAGUAAACAGUGCAUUGAUAUAGAUGAAUGCCAGCUUGGUAAUUUAUGCUUGAAUGGGAAGUGCCAAAAUAUUGAAGGAUCCUUCACGUGCUCCUGCAACCAGGGAUAUCAGCUGAGCCCAGCAAGUGAUAAGUGUGAUGAUAUUGAUGAAUGCCAGGACACAAGUCUAUGUGGUCAUGGCCAGUGCAGAAACACACGGGGAUCUUUCACAUGUACAUGCAAUGACGGCUACAAACUAUCUGCUUCUGGGGACCAAUGUGAAGACAUAGACGAAUGCCAGGAGGCUGAUGCCUGCCAAGGAGGAGGAAGCUGCUACAAUACGGAUGGGUCGUAUGUAUGUACUUGUCCAGAUGGCUUCCAGCUCAUAGAUGGAAGAAGGUGUGAAGAUAUAAAUGAGUGUGAAAAUCCUGAAUUAUGUUCUCAAAAUGGAGAAUGUCUCAACACUGCUGGUUCAUUCCACUGUAUCUGUGAGCAAGGGUUUACUACCACUACGGAUGGACGGUCAUGUGAAGAUGUUGAUGAAUGUACUAACAGCACGCAGUGCCUUCAAGGUUUUUGUGAAAAUACCAAAGGGUCAUACCGCUGCCUCUGUUACCAGGGGUACCAGGACUCAUUGGAUGGACAAGGAUGCGUGGAUGUAAAUGAAUGUGAAAUGCUGAGUGGAGUUUGUGGUGAGGCCCGGUGUGAAAAUGUGGAAGGCUCAUUCCUCUGCCUGUGCACUGAUGAUAACCAGGAAUAUGACCCGAUGACUGGGCAUUGCAGAUACCGCAACAUGCCAGACGAGCAUUAUGAUGAUGAAGAAAAGCAAUGCUACUACAACCUCAAUAAUGUAAACUUCUGUGAGAACGUCCUAACUGUCAAUGUGAGCAAGCAAGAAUGUUGCUGUACUUUGGGCGCCGCCUGGGGAGACACCUGUGAGAUGUUCCCAUGCCCUGUUUUAGGAUCUGACGAAUAUGCAUUGUUAUGCCCUGAAGGAAAAGGCUACAUCCCAACCAAGGAUUCCCUCUAUGAGGGCCUUACAUACCAAGAUGCUGAUGAGUGCAUGUUGUUUGGAAAAGAAAUCUGCAAAAAUGGCUUCUGCUUAAACACAGAGGCAAGCUUUGAGUGCUACUGUAAACAAGGCACAUACUAUGAUCCUGUGAAGUUACAGUGUUUCGAUAACAAUGAAUGUGAAGACCCUAACAGUUGUAUUGACGGUGAAUGUAUAAACACGGAUGGAUCGUACAGCUGUUUCUGCACACGCCCUAUGGUUCUGGAUGCCACAGGGAAAAAGUGCGUUAGGCCACUGGACUCCGCUGAACCUACAGAGGAAACCGAUGUAUUCCAGGACGUGUGUUGGCAGGACCUCAGUGAGGACUACAUGUGCCGUCAGCCUUUGGAGGGGAGGCAGACUACUUAUACAGAAUGCUGCUGUUUAUAUGGUGAAGCAUGGGGAAUGCAGUGCGCUCUAUGCCCAAUGAAAGACUCAGAGGACUAUGCAGAUCUUUGUAACCUUCGAGCGCCAAGAUUCAGGCAGCCCUAUGGAGAAGAUGCCCUUCAUUUUUCAGAAGACUAUAUUCCACAGCCUGAUCUCUACAACCUUCCAGAUCGCCAUGGAAGUGAGAAGUACGAGGAGCUACAAGCCGAGGAAUGUGGCAUCCUGAACGGAUGUGAAAAUGGUAGAUGUGUACGAGUACAGGAAGGGUACACAUGCGACUGCUUUGAUGGAUACCACCUGGAUAUGAUGAAAAUGACUUGUGUUGAUGUCAAUGAGUGCAAUGAGCUGAAUAGCAGGAUGUCUCUCUGCAAGAAUGCCAAAUGUAUUAACACAGAAGGCUCAUACAAGUGUGUGUGUCUGCCUGGCUACAGACCAUCUGAUAAACCCAACUACUGCACAGCACUAAACUCAGAGAGAGAUGACAGUGAACUGGAGUAGAACGGAACUGGCUCCAAUUUCUCAGCCCAUAUACUCUGCACUGUAUAAAGGAAAGGAAGAUGUGUAUGUUACUUGAGAUGAAGGUGGAACAUGACCUCUAAAGAUGGUUUUGUUGGAAACAACAUUAACUCUUGUAUCUGGAAGUGGAAUGUGAUGUUUGACUUAACACUUUUUACAGACCAAACGGACACAUUUUCUCUAAUGGAAGAAACCACCCAAGUAUAUAGUCUGAUCUUGCAUAAAUUCAUUGGAAAAUAGACAGAAGCAAUGUUAUUUUAAGCUGGUUAUUAUUAUUUUGUACUAUUGCAUUAUUAACUUGGCAUUUUAUUAGAGGUGGGAGCAUUUUAUAACACUUUGACGAUGCAGCACGUUGGAUACUGUAUCAUUUCAGAACUAUUGAGAUGAGAACUUUUUUGUUUUUUGGAGCAAAUAUCUUGUAGGGCAAUUUUUCUAUGGACUCUUUCACAUUUGUAUGCUCUUUGUCUGGAAAUAUUGUUCAGUGACUUUAUUAACUUUCGUCUGUCCUGUGGAGCAGACAUCCUUUUGUUUUUAUUCUUACAUUUUGUAUGUCUUGGCUGGAAAAUCAUAUUGAUUUUUUUUUUUUUUUUAUACUCUUUGUCUUUUACUGCACUUAAAUUCUUAAGAACUUUUCUUGCCAAGUCUCAGAGCUGCUGGACAACCAUUGCAUCCCUUCAUGUACAUUAAAUUAGACAUUACGUUUCCAUGUCCAAAACUUUAAUUUGUAAAUUGAAUUUGAUAAAAACAUCUGGUUUCAGUUUCUUAACAUAUUAAAGCUGUAUAUUAAACCUCAAUAAUAAAAAACACUUUAUUUUUA